AUGCCGAACUCCCCCGACAACUCGCCCAUGGCUUCCAAUUCAACAUCGACCGCCGACUCCACCUCCGAAGCAUUAACCAACUUGACCGCGUCGGAGUUGGCCCGGCGGAUUGCGGCCCAGGAAGUCACGAGUCGUGAAGUGGUCGAAGCUCACAUUCGACGCAUCGAGCGGGUAAAUCCUCAGCUAAAUGCGGUAUGCGUCCCGCGGUUUGAUGAAGCCCGCAGGGAAGCUGCCGCGGCCGAUGAGCGCGUGGCGGCUGGCGAACCACUGGGGGCGUUGCACGGGGUGCCGAUUACCGUAAAGGAGUGUUUUCAUCUCACCGGAACGGCAGCCUCGAUUGGGGUGCAGCGAUUUACCGAUGAGAUCCACACCCGCGAUGCCCUGAUGGUCGCCCGACUGAGGGCCGCUGGGGCUGUGGUGCUUGGGAAGACGAACAUCCCACAGUUGAUGGUGAUGCACGAGACGGACAAUCCGGUGUUCGGUCGCACCAACAACCCUUGGGAUCUCUCGCGGGGUCCCGGUGGAAGCAGCGGAGGCGAGGCGGCCAUUAUCGCAGCCCACGGUUCUCCAUUGGGCCUGGGGAACGAUCUCGGUGGAAGCAUUCGCGUGCCGGCUCAUUUCUGCGGCAUUCACGGCAUUAAACCGACCACGGGCCGGCUCUCGAACGACGGCACCCGGGCGGGUUGGAAUGGGAUGGAGGCAAUCGGCAACCAGCCAGGCCCGCUUGCACGAAGUGUUGAAGACCUGGAGUUGGCGAUGAAGAUUCUCGCCGCGCCCGGACAAGAAGAAUUCGAUCACGUCGUGCCCCCGGUUGCCUGGCGCGACCCAGGUGAAGUUCAGGUCGAGCAGCUGCGGAUUGGAUUUUGGAAGGACGAUGGAUUUUGUGCGGAGUCGCCUGCGCUGCGUCGGGCCGUGGAUGAAUCUGUUGCGGGUUUAUCGAGCCAGGGGGUCGAGGUCGUGGAGUUCACUCCGCCGGAUAUUCGCGAAGCGAUGCGGCAGUACUUUGCGAUCGUAAGCGCCGAUGGAACGGCCGACUCGAGAAGGCUCCUAGGAAAGAGUGCCCGGGAUUGGCGCGUGGGACGGCUGAUGAUGUUGGGCGGGAUUCCUGGUUUCUUACGGGAUGGUAUUUCGGGGUUGAUGAACGUUGUUGGGCAGCGAAAUCUCGGCUGGCUGAUCGGACACACCGGCUCGGUAUCUGCGGAUGUCUAUUGGCAGCUCACCAAGCAACGGGAGCAAUACACGCGAACCUUUCUACAGCAACUUCACGAUCAGCGGCUCCAUGCGGUUAUUUGCCCGCCCUUCGCUUUGCCUGCCUUGAAGCAUGGGGCGACCGACUACCUGGUCACCGCGGCUAGCUAUGCCAUGUUGUUCAAUUUGUUGAAUGUGCCCGCCGGUGUGGUCUCGGUUACACAAGUUGCCGCGGGCGAAGAGAGCGACCGGAUACGCUCAAGCGAUAUGUCUGACCGUCGGGCUGUGGAAGUCGAAGAAGGUUCCGCGGGGCUCCCCGUCGGCGUUCAGGUAGCGGCUCCACAUUGGCGGGAAGAUAUUGUUCUCGCCAUCAUGCGUAGCCUGGAAGCUCAUUUCGCCGGCAAGCCCAACUUCCCCAUCACAGAAGGAAUCGCCGCCGUGGUGAUUUCCGCUCAUUCGCCACCCCCGACGGCAGAACCCAUGCACGACUUGAUUCCGCUGCGCUGUCUGUUCGCCGGGCAAACGGGCCUCGUCGAAGAGAUUGUGGGGAAUUCCGACGAUGUGCAGCGUCUGCAUGAGAUGGGUCUCUGUCGCGGAGCAUCGGUCGAAAUGAUCCAGCCGGGCUCGCCGUGUGUGAUUCGUAUCGGCGGGAACAAGCUUUGUUUUCGGCACGACGAGUUGAUGAGCGUGCUGGUCCGUGCUGGCUCGGUGGGGACCCGAUUGUUAGAGAUGGGGCUUACCCCCGGGGUGGAACUGGAACUGGUUGGCACGGCCCCGUUCGGCGACCCCAUGGAGUUCGAUCUCCGCGGCUAUCGGCUCUCGCUACGUAAGAGCGCUGCCGCGAACAAACAUCCCCCCUUUCACCCGUCUUCGGUCGCGUUCUUCCAAAGUAGAUUCAUGGCAACGCCCACCACCUCGAAUGAGCCCCAGACCACCAGCGUCACGGUGGCGUUGAUCGGCAACCCGAACGUUGGGAAGUCGACCCUGUUUAACGCACUGGCUGGAGUUCGGCAGCGCGUGGGCAAUUACCCAGGCGUGACGGUCGACAAGAAGAUCGGUCGCAUGACGCUCGAAGGGCGGAGCUACUUGCUGGUCGAUCUGCCGGGCACCUACAGUCUUGCACCCCGCUCUCCGGAUGAGAUGGUGGCGGUUGACGUGCUGCUUGGUCGGCGUGACGACGUAGCGGCCCCCGAUGCAGUGAUCUGCAUCGUUGACGCCAGCAACCUGGAACGAAACCUGUACCUGGUGAGCCAGGUGUUUGAACUGGGACUGCCGACCGUGCUGGCCGUGAACAUGAUCGACGUGGCGCGGCAGCGUGGGCUGGAAACCGACUUAGAAUCGCUCGAAUCUCGGCUGGGGGUUCCGGUGGUUGCCAUGCAGGCCAACCGUCGGCAGGGAAUCAAGCAACUGGGGGAGGCCCUCACACGUGCGGUAGGUGCUCCACCUCGUUCGGCUGAGAGCCCUUUGCCAGAAGCGUUUUGCAACGAGGUAAAGCAACUGGAAACCUCGCUGGCGAGUGGUCAGAACAACGGGGCUCCGGUCCCCCGGUAUCUCGUCGAGCGGCUGUUGGUCGACUCCGGCGGAUACAUCGAAACUGCGUUGCUGCGGAAGAUGCCGGAUGCGAAGUCGCGGGAGACUCUGCUUCGCGAUGUGGAAAGCGCUCGCGAGCGGCUACGUGAAGCUGGUCAUCCGGUGCCGGCGGUCGAACCGAUCUCGCGUUAUCGCUGGAUUGCCGGCGUUCUCGAUGGGGUGGUGCGACGCCCGGAGAAAGCGCCCAAGACAAUCAGCGACCGCAUCGAUCGGGUGCUGAUUCAUCGGUUUUGGGGCCUAGUGGUGUUCGCCGCCCUGAUGAUCGUGGUAUUUCAAUCGGUCUUUGCUUGGGCCACGUACCCAAUGGAUUGGAUUGACGCCACGACGGGGGCGAUUGCCGAGACCUUCGAAGGCUUGAUGGACGAAGGUCCGCUGCGAAGCCUGAUCGUUGAAGGGGUCAUCGCUGGAGUCGGCGGCGUGUUGAUCUUUUUGCCGCAAAUUUUUGUGCUGUUCUUUUUUUUGGCAGUGCUUGAAGACUGCGGGUACAUGGCCCGAGCGGCUUACUUGAUGGACCGGCUGCUGGUGCCGGUUGGGCUGAGCGGAAAAUCGUUCGUGCCUUUGCUCUCCUCGUUCGCCUGUGCCAUUCCGGGCAUCAUGGCCACGCGGAUCAUCGAGGAUCGUCGCGACCGCUUGACGACUAUCUUGAUUGCCCCGUUAAUGAGCUGCAGUGCCCGCCUGCCGGUAUACACCGUGCUGAUUGCGGCCUUCAUCCCGAGCGAAUAUCUGUUCGGCACCUGGUUAGGGCUGCAGGGCCUGACGAUGGCGGCCAUGUAUGUGGUGGGGAUUAUUGCGGCCAUUUUCGUGGCGCUCAUUCUCAAGCGCACGAUCUUGCGAGGCCCCACGCCACCGUUGGUGAUGGAGUUGCCUGCGUAUAAGUGGCCUUCGCCUUCAAAUGUGUUGCACCGUAUGUUCGAGCGGGGCUGGGCGUUUGUGCGUCGCGCUGGAACGCUGAUUGUGGCCGUCUCGGUCAUCGUCUGGGCAUCGCUUUACUACCCUCAUAAUUCUGAGGUCGUCGAGGCCCCCUUUGCGGCCGAACAACAAGCGUUAGAAGCUGAAUUGGCGACGGUCGACGAAAAUUCUCCCGAGUGGGAAGAGCUUGAAGCUCAACAAGUCGAGCUGCAGAACCGCAUCGAUUCGGCCUACGUACGACAGAGUGUGCUGGGACGUAUGGGCCAAUGGAUCGAACCGGUGGUGAAACCACUGGGAUGGGACUGGCGGAUCGGCUGUGCUGCGAUUGCGUCGUUCCCGGCUCGCGAGGUGGUGAUCGCCACGCUUGGAAUCAUUUAUGAACUGGGCGGCGAAGUGGACUUGGACGACGAAGAGUCGCAAACGCGGUUAACUUCGGCUCUGCGGAACGCCACCUGGGACGGGACCGACCGCAAGGUGUUCAACAUUCCAGUGGCACUCUCGCUGAUGGUCUUCUUCGCACUUUGUGCUCAGUGUGCCGCAACGUUGGUGGUGAUGCGGCGCGAGACCCAAAGCUGGCGAUGGCCUGUGUUCACGUUCGUCUACAUGACUACACUGGCAUAUGUGGCUGCCCUGGUUACCUACCAGGUGGGCAUCCGCCUGAUUUCCUGA